CUAGCUUCUUGGUUUCUCAGCAAUGGCUCAAAUUUUAAAGUUGGAGGGCAAAACAGAUCUCAAAUGCUCUGGUGAGAAGUUCUACGAAAUCUUCCGGAAAAAAGCAAACAAACUGCCUGAGAUCUGCCCAACGUUGGUGACAAAAAUAGAAGUACGCAAGGGGGGUGACUGGGAGUCGAAGGAAUGGACUAUGGUUGUUGUAGCAGGAAAGUCUGAGGUGAAUGUCAAGGACGAAUCAGGAGAUGACGGGAAAAAGAUCAUCACUUACGGCGUAAAAGAUGGAGAGAUUAAAAAAAACUACAAGAGUUUUAAGAUCACUAUGGAGGUUACAACAAAGGAUCAAGGCUGCUCGGUGACUCUGACUAUCGACUAUGAGAAGGCAAAUUUGGAAGCCCUGACACCUACCGUGUACUUGGACUUCUAUAUCAAUGUGAUGUUGGCUGUCGAGACACACCUUCUGGCCAAUCCAUAAUACAAAGGGACAUGUCCUUGUGUGCUACUACUACGUACUACUACUAGUAGUGAAAUAAUAGCUGACAAGCUUUAUGUUUCCUCUAAUGGAUAAUAUGUAGUAUGAGGACCGUGUAUUAUAUUAAAUAAAAGUUCUCAACUCAAAAAUAAACAAAGCUAGUAGUGUGUCUUUUGUUUCCUUUUGUAUUUCCAAUUACACCACCGGGAUCUCUACAAACGAGAAUUCCAUAUUAUUUCUAUUACCCUUCUCUUUGGGCACUGGGUAUGCAUGUGAGAGGGGUGGUAUUCUUCCUUGCCGG